AUGAACGCAGCUGAGCUGCUCCAGAACACGCUCUCGCCCGAUGCGACCGUGCGCCAGGACGCCGAGCAGAAGCUCGAGCGCGCCUCGGUCGACAGCUACCCGGCAUAUGUCACUAUGCUGGCCGCUGAGCUGGCCAACGAGUCGUCGCCGCCGCACAUUCGCAACGCCGCCGGCCUGGCCGUGAAGAACGCCCUGACGGCGCGCGACCCCGCGCGCCUGGAGGAGUAUGCGCAGCGCUGGCUCAGCCUCGUGCCCGACGCGCAGGCCGACGUCAAGAGCAAGACGUUCUCCACGCUCAGCUCGCCCGACGCACGUGUCGGUGUCGUCUCGGCACAGGUUAUCUCCUCCAUUGCCGCCAUCGAGUUGCCGCGUGGGCAAUGGCCGGACCUCAUCAGCCAGCUGACGGCCGCUAUGGCUGACCUGAACAACAUUCGGCUGCGGCAGGCCGCUCUGCAGACGAUCGGCUUCACCUGCGAGAUCAUUGCUGCCUCGGAGAAGCCAGAGGUGCUCGCCGCACAGUCCAACGAGAUUCUUACGGCCGUGAUUCAAGGCGCACGGAAGGAGGAGACGUCGACGGAGGUGCAGCUGGCGGCACUGCAGGCGCUCUUCAACUCGCUCGAGUUUGUGCGCGCCAACUUUGAGCGCGAGGGCGAGCGCAACUACAUCAUGCAGGUCAUCUGCGAGGCAACGCAGAACGCAGACGUCAAGAUCAAGAUUGCGGCGUUCGAGUGCCUCGUGCAGAUCAUGCAUCUCUACUACGACAAGAUGCGCUUCUACAUGGAGCAGGCGCUGUUCGGGCUGACGGUGCUGGGCAUGCGGGAUCCGGAGCCGACGGUGGCGAUGCAGGCCAUCGAGUUCUGGUCGACGGUGUGCGAGGAGGAGCUGGAUUUGAUGAUGGAGGCCGAGGAGGCACACGAGUACGGCGACGAGCCAGACCGCCCAUGUCACGGCUUCGCCCGCAUCGCUCUGCCCGAAAUUCUGCCCGUCCUCAUGGACACGCUCAAGCAGACGGACGAGGAUGCGGACGAGGACGAGUGGAACGCGGCCAAGUCGGCAGGCGCCGCUGUCGGCCUGCUGGCAGAGGUCACGACCGACGAGAUUGUGCCUCUCGCCAUCCCUUUCAUCGAGGCCAACAUCAAGAAUGCGCAGUGGAACGCACGCGAGGCGGCCGUCAUGUGCUUUGGCUCGAUCCUGCAGGGCCCCAACGAGUCGAACCUCGCGCCGCUUGUCGAGCAGGCACUGCCGACGAUCAUCGAGCUGAUGAGCGACCCCAGCACGCCCGUCAAGGACACGGCCUCAUGGACGCUCGCGCGCAUCACUGACCUGACCUGCAGCGCGAUCAAGGUCGACCAGCACCUGCAGCCGCUCAUCCAGGCGCUCGUCACGAACCUCAACGCAGAGCCGCGAGUGGCGACGAACUGCUCGUGGUCGCUGAUGAACCUGUGCGAGCAGCUCGGCGGCGCUGCCAGCCAAACGCCGGACGGCAACCCGGCCGCGACGAGCGUCGUGUCGCCGUACUUCGAGGGCAUCGUCUCGAGCCUGCUCGCGGCGUCUGACCGCCCGUCGAACGAGGGCAACGCGCGCGCCUCGGCGUACGAGGCACUCUCGACGUCCGUCGCUGCGUGCGCGCAGGACUGCCUGCCGCACGUGUCGAACGUCGUCGUCAACAUCCUUGCGCGCCAGGCGCACCUGAACAGCGUCGCCAGCCAGCUCGUCGGCAUGGACGACCGCAACAACUGGGCAGAGCUGCAGACAAAUCUGUGCUCGGUGCUGCAGGCCGUCAUGCGGCGUCUCGGGCAGGACAUCAUGCCGCUGGGCGACCAGAUCAUGACGAGUCUCCUGACGACGAUCCAGAGCUGCGGCAAGCAGAGCGAGGCGCUCGAGGACGCCUUCAUGGCUGUCGGCGCCUUCGCAACGGCGGCCGAGGGCGGCUUCGAGAAGUACAUCUCCUCGUUCAACCCGUUCCUGCUGAGCGCGCUGCGGGACCACCAGGAGACGAUGCUCUGCAAGACGGCCGUCGGCAUCGUCGGCGACGUGUGCCGCGCGCUCGGCCCGGCCGCGAUCAACUACGCCGAGCCGUACAUGACGGCGCUGACGGAGAACGUGCAGAGCGCGUCGCUGAACCGCGACGUCAAGCCGGUGAUCCUCAGCUCGUUCGGAGACGUCGCACUGGCCACCGGUGCCGGCUUCGCACCGUUCCUGCCCAACACCAUGGCCACGCUGCAGCAGGCCGCCCAGUCCGCCACGCCUGGCGCCGCAGUCGAGUGGUCGCUGAUGGAGUUCUUCACCACGCUGCGCGAGGCCAUCACUGACGCAUACGCCGGCAUCGUCGCCGGCAUCCUGUCUGACUCUCGCCCCGACCUGCUGCAGCCGUACGUCGAGUCGAUCCUCAGCUUCAUCGCCGCCAUCUCCUCGUCGCCGUCGGAGCGCACCGAGGAGCUGCUGCGCUCGAGCAUCGGCCUGCUGGGCGACAUCUGCGCCGCGUACCCCAACGGCGAGCUCAAGCAGCUGCUGACGCAGGACUGGGUCGCCGAGCUCAUCAAGGCCGCCCGCGCAAAGUCGAUGGGCGGCGAGACGCGCAAGGUGGCGUCCUGGGCGCGCGAGCAGAUCCGCAAGGCCAUGUGA